UAAAGACAAGAGACAAUAGCCAGGGUCUGGUGGAGUUACAUCUUGCCUGAUGAGCAUGAGGACUGACUUCCAACAAUCAGGUGAACUUCAGGGAGGCUUCCAGAAGGCACAGACAUGGCUGUCAGACGAGAAACAUGGGCAUGGACUCCAGAGGCUCCACAGAGGCACUACCCUGCAUCCACCCCUAAGGAAGAAGAUUCCUCUGAAAUUGCUGCCUGUGGAGUGGCCAGCCUGCCGGAGCUAAAGGCAGUCCUUCCUAAGGUCCAGCCCGACAUCUCUACAGAAAAAGGGCACCACCAGGAUCCCUGAAGGACAGGUCAGCAUGCCAGACAGAUACGAAACAGACCAUCUGCAGCUGGCCACACCUGUUGGAAACAUGGAGAGCAAGCUGGCACCUUGCUCCCAGAGCCCUACAGCCUGGCCAAUUCCAUUCCAGCUUCUCAGUAAGACACUUUGCCCACCACAGGAAGCCAGCAAUGCCUCCCAGGACCACAGGGACAUGAGGGUGCCCACCUCAGAGCUACGCUGGCUCUUGCUUCCCUCAAGCCUGCUGGCUGCAGCCACACUGGCCCUGAGUCCCCUGCUACUGGUGACCAUCCUGCGGAGUCAGCAGCUAAGGCAUCAGCCCCACUACCUGCUGCUGGCCAAUAUCUUGCUCUCGGAUCUUGCCUACAUUGUCUUCCACACAUUCAUCUCCUCCAGCAACCUGGGUGGCUGGGAGUUGGGCCGCAUCAUCUGUGGCAUUCUCAGGGAUGGUGUCUUUGCUGCCUAUAUCAGCACCAUCCUGUCCUUCACAGCCACUGUGCUGCAUGCCUACCUGGCAGUCACGCAUCCUCUGCAUUACCUCUCCUUUUUGUCUGGCAGGGUUGCCCGGAAGACAGUGGCCCUUAUCUGGUUGGUAGCCUGCUUAUUUCCCACAUUCCUCCUUUGGUUUGCCAAGCAGCAGGAUGCCAAACUGGAGGUACAAGGGGCCUCAUGCACCCUGCCACUGAGCCUGGACACCAGCCAGAGUCAUGGCUCCCUGGCCACAAUCACCCACACCUGCACCUUGUGUGUUCUCUUUCUAUGUGCAGCUGUCAUCACCUACUGCUUCUGGAGGAUUUAUGUAGAGGCCAGGCCUUCAGGCAUCUGUGUACAGGGGUACUCCCGAGCCAGAGGCACCCUGCUCAUCCACAUGGUGCUGAUCACAUUAUAUGUUGGUGCAGGGGUGGUGUUCUCCCUGGACGUCAUGCUGACCAAGUACCACCACAUCAGUACCAGCACUCACAUGUGGCUCCUGGCAGCCAACAGCGAGGUAUUCAUGAUGCUUCCCCGUGCCAUGCUCCCGUACCUGUAUAUGCUCCGCUACCGCCAGUUGCUAGGGGUGGUCCGGGGCCACUUCUCAUCCAGGAGGCAAGGAGACAUCUAUACCAUUUCCCAAAGCUACCAAGCCUACAAUUUGACAGGCUGA